AUGUCAGAGGAGGACAAGAUGAACACUCCCAGCAGGCCCUUGGCUGCCCUUAAUUCCCCUAACAGCCCCCGAGCCGAGUCGCCAACUACCGCGCGCCCGAUGGACUUUGACGACGAACCCCAGGAGAGCGGAGUUGUUACUUCCUCCCCUGUCGCUGCUCAGCCAGCUGCCGCCGAGGCAGCCCCGCCAAAGCCGCCCCGGCCCCUGAACCCGAGAGAACAGUCAGAGAACACCCUUAGGGAGGCAUUUCCGAGCAUCGAGCCUGGCGUCAUCAAAGCGGUCUUGACCGCAAGCAAUUGGAAUGUCGAACGGGCGUUCAAUGCCCUCCUGGGUAUGACCGAUCCCAAGGCUCAAGAGGAAAUGACACCACCGCCAAAGCCGCCGCGCCCAACCCAACAGAGCACCGCUGCACAGCGACAACUGGAAGCCGAUGAGAUGUAUGCACGUCAACUAUCUGAGCACUACAAUGCGACGGGACGUCGUGCACCGCCCCCAGGCUGGGAGAGUGACCCCCGAUACCAGCGACCUAGAGGAAGCGAGGAGGAGGAUGAGAGAGAAUACAGCUUCUUUGAUGAUGAUCUACCUGUGAUCCGCGAGAACCUCCGUAAGGGCUUCUUGGACACACAGAAUAAAGUUAACUCAUGGGUCACAAACCUGAAGAAGAGGAUUGAUGGAGAUGAUUUGGACGAGGAACCUAGCCAGAACCAAAGAGAGACUCCUGCCCAUGCCCGGCCCCGACGCAGUGGUGAUAUGGGCCGUCGCAGUGGAGAUCGUGAGCGCUACGACGCGGAUCCCCAAGUUCUUGGUGAUGAUUUCUCUGCUCUCGAGUUGAGGGAUGGCGAAGCUCCCCCGGCUCGCCCCCCUCGUCCGGGCCAAUCCAGCUUUAAACCCUCCGCGUCUCCUUCGCCAGACAGACGCAAGGUAUCUUUCCAGGAUGGACCACCCACCGAGAUUGACAACCUUUACGAUUCCCCCACGCCAUCCAAACGCCUCAGCUCAACAGGCAGCAAGGCGAGCAAAUGGCAACCAUUGUCCACCGUCGAGCCUUCACCCGUCGCGGAGAACGACCCAUUCAGCCUCGGCGAUAGCGAUGAUGAGAAGGAAAUUAAGACCAAGGAGCAAACCACUGGCCCGGAGGGCGAUCAGCACAAGCACGCUACUGUCGAGUCAGUGUCUGACGAAGUGGGUCCCUCUAAGGACCAGGAGACCAAGGGCGCGAGCAAGCCCGACGAGUCAAAAUAA